AUCUGUUGUCUUCUUCUCGGAGAUGAGGGUUUUUCUCUACUAUCAUCUUUAACCUUUCAAUCCCAAACACAUCAGUUAUUGCCCAUUGAGGUUUCUACUCCCCAAUCAUAGUUAUGAACGGAAUCGGAGGCGAUAGCCGGUGGCGUGAGCGGAGAGACACGAGAAUUUCAAAGAAACAGAAGCUCAUUCUAAACGCCGAGGAGCUACUUGAGUCAAAGCUAGGAUUCGAUCUCUUCACCGCAGGUGAUAAGAGACUAGGAUGGCUCCUCACUUUCGCUUCAUCGUCUUGGGAGGAUCAGGAGACUCAUAAAGUUUACAGUUGUGUAGACCUUUACUUCGUUUGUCAGGAUGGUUCGACUUUUAAAGCCAAGUACAAAUUUCGGCCUUAUUUUUAUGUUGCUACCAAGAGUAAAAUGGAAACGGAAGUUGAGGCAUAUUUGAGAAGGCGGUUUGAAACUCAAAUUGCGGAUAUUGAAAUUACUGAGAAAGAGGAUCUUGAUCUUAAAAACCACCUGUCCGGCUUACAGAGAUCUUAUUUGAAGAUAUCUUUUCAUACUGUCCAACAAUUGAUGCACGUCAGGAGUGACCUGAUGCAAAUAGUUGAAAGGAACCAAACAAAGUUUGAUACUGUAGAAGCAUAUCAGUCUAUCUUGACAGGAACGAGUAAGCGUGGAAUUCAAGAUUAUCUUGAUUGUAUAAAUGAUCUCCGCGAGUACGACGUACCUUAUCAUGUUCGCUUUGCCAUUGACAAUGAUGUUAGAUGUGGGCAGUGGUAUGAUGUCAGUGUAUGCAGUUCUGGGGUUAUGUUGGAAAGGAGGGCAGAUCUCUUGCAACGUGCUGAAGUUCAUGUCUGUGCAUUUGAUAUUGAAACAACCAAGCUUCCUUUGAAAUUCCCUGAUGCCGAAUAUGACUCAAUAAUGAUGAUUUCAUACAUGGUUGAUGGCCAAGGAUAUCUUAUUAUCAAUAGAGAGUGUGUUGGGGAAAAUAUUGAAGAUCUAGAGUAUACCCCUAAACCAGAAUACGAAGGGUGCUUCAAAGUUACAAAUGUGAAAGAUGAGGAAGAGCUUCUGAGAACCUGGUUUAGCCAUAUGCAAGUUAUGAAGCCUGGCAUAUAUGUAACCUACAAUGGAGACUUCUUUGAUUGGCCAUUUCUUGAAACAAGGGCAACUCAUCAUGGCUUUAAUAUGAAAAAUGAGCUUGGAUUUCAAUUUAUCUUCCACAAGGAAGUCAAGGCUGUCACAAAGGCCAAGCUAGGGUAUGAUCCACUUGAGGUCAAUCCGGAGGAUAUGGUUCGCUUUGCAAGGGAAAGGCCACAGAUGAUGGCUUCUUAUUCAGUUUCUGAUGCUGUUGCGACUUAUUAUUUGUAUAUGACUUAUGUACAUCCGUUCAUUUUCUCUCUUGCAACUAUAAUUCCAAUGCCACCAGAUGAGGUAUUGCGUAAGGGAAGUGGUACACUCUGUGAGAUGCUCCUUAUGGUCCAGGCCUACAAGGCAAAUGUUAUCUGCCCAAAUAAACACCAAACGGAUCCAGAGAAAUUCUACCACAAUCAACUUAUUGAGAGUGAGACAUACAUAGGUGGUCACGUGGAAUGCCUGGAAAGUGGUGUUUUUAGAUCCGACCUUCCAACUAGUUUUAAACUCAAUCCAUCUGCUUAUGAGCAACUGUUGAACAAUCUUGAACGGGAUCUACAGUAUGCCAUUAAAGUAGAGGGGAAAAUGGACCUGGAAAAUGUAACAAACUACAACGAAGUGAAGGAAGCAAUCACCGAAAAGCUUAAGAAAUUGCGAGAUGAACCUAUACGAGAAGAAACCCCUCUUAUAUACCAUCUUGAUGUCGCAGCUAUGUAUCCAAACAUCAUAUUGACAAAUAGGCUUCAGCCGCCAUCAAUAGUUACCGAUGAGGUAUGCACUGCUUGUGAUUUCAAUCGACCUGGAAAAAAUUGUCUCCGGAAGCUGGAAUGGGUUUGGCGUGGGGAGACCUACAUGGCAAAGAGAAGUGAUUACUAUCAUUUAAGGAGGCAACUUGAGUCUGAGAUUGUUGAAAGAGUAGAUGGUCAGUCGCAAAAAUCCUUUCUUGACCUGCCUAAACUAGAGCAACAAGCUAAGCUGAAAGAGCGCUUAAAGAAAUAUUGCCAAAAGGCUUAUAAAAGAGUACUCAACAAACCUGUUACUGAGCUCCGUGAAGCAGGGAUUUGCAUGCGUGAAAACUCUUUCUAUGUUGAUACAGUGCGCAGCUUUCGAGACAGGAGAUAUGAAUACAAAGGACUUAAUAAAGAUUGGAAGGGGAAGCUCUCAGAAGCAAAGGCUAGUGGAAAUUCUAGAAAGAUCCAAGAAGCACAGGAUAUGGUUGUUCUUUUUGACUCGUUACAGCUGGCUCACAAAUGUAUUCUAAAUUCCUUCUAUGGAUAUGUCAUGCGCAAGGGAGCAAGGUGGUACUCCAUGGAGAUGGCAGGAGUUGUCACUUAUACUGGAGCUAAAAUAAUUCAAAAUGCAAGAUUACUGGUUGAAAAAAUUGGAAAACCUCUUGAGUUAGACACAGAUGGUAUUUGGUGUGCAUUACCAGGCUCAUUCCCUGAGAACUAUACCUUCAAGACUAAAGAUCUUAAGAAGAAGCUGACAAUUUCAUAUCCUUGUGUUAUGCUUAAUGUUGAUGUGGCAAGGAAUAAUACUAACGAUCAGUACCAGACUCUGGUUGAUCCUGUCAGAAAGACCUACAGAACACAUAGCGAAUGUUCAAUUGAAUUUGAAGUGGAUGGACCAUAUAAGGCAAUGAUUCUUCCAGCUUCAAAGGAAGAAGGAAUUUUGAUUAAGAAGCGUUAUGCAGUUUUCAAUGAUGAUGGAACACUUGCGGAGCUAAAAGGCUUUGAGAUCAAGCGUAGAGGUGAGCUAAAACUCAUCAAAGUUUUCCAGGCUGAGCUCUUUGAUAAGUUUCUUCAUGGAUCCACAUUAGAGGAAUGCUAUUCAGUUGUUGCUUCUGUUGCAAACCGUUGGCUAGAUAUGCUUGAGAAUCAAGGGAAAGAUAUUGCAGACAGCGAGUUGCUUGACUAUAUUUCAGAAUCAAGCACAAUGAGCAAGUCUUUAGCUGAUUAUGGUGAACAGAAGUCAUGUGCAGUGACCACAGCGAAACGUCUUGCGGAUUUUCUUGGGGAUGCAAUGGUGAAAGAUAAAGGAUUGCGUUGCCAAUAUAUAGUCGCAUGUGAGCCAAAAGGAGCUCCAGUUAGUGAGCGGGCUGUUCCGGUUGCAAUAUUUGAAACUAAUGCUGAAAUUAUGAAGUUUUAUAUAAAAAAGUGGUGCAAAAUAUCAUCAGAUGCCGGGAUCCGCUCUAUUAUUGAUUGGUCGUACUAUAAGCAAAGACUUGGUUCAGCAAUCCAAAAGAUAAUCACUAUCCCUGCUGCAAUGCAGAAGGUUUUAAAUCCUGUCCCAAGGGUGGCUCAUCCUGAUUGGCUACAUAAAAAGGUCCGUGAAAAGGAAGACAAGUUUCGUCAAAAAAAGUUGAAUGAUAUCUUUGGUCCAAUGAACAAAGAUAACACAUCCAAGCUGAAUACAGAUUCUACUACAAGUGAGGAAGCUGAGCAGCAUGUUGAAGAUUUAGAGGACUUCUGGAAGAAUAGGAAAUCUUCUGUGGUUGUACCUAGGCCUAUUGUUCAUUCCCAUGGAGUGAACAAGGAUAAUGAUCUAGUCAAAACUAGUGGUCAAGUAGACUGUGCACUCAAUGAACCUGGCACCUGUGAAAAAGAUAUUGACAAGAAUGUGGAUUACCAAGGAUGGCUACAAUCAAAGAAGAGAAAAUGGAAGCAAAUGCGUGACAAUAGAAAACGACAACGGAUUGAUAACUCAAAGAUGUCAAACCACCUUAAAGGCGGUGCUGGACUUCUUGGUGACACAGUAGACCACAGACAAUACCAGGGUAGAACUGGGGUCUCGUCAUACUUUGAGAGGCACGGAUUAGCUCUUACACGCUCUCACUGGCAGAUUGUUCAGCUUGCACCAACAUCUCAGCAUGGACAACUUACUGCAUGGGUUGUUGUGGAAGGAGUUAUGCAUAAAAUUUCCAUUAAUAUCCCCAGAAAAUUUUAUCUUAACUCUAAAGCUUCUAUCACAGAGGAGUUUCCAGGGCGACGUGUCAAUAAAAUCCUUCCUCAUGGACGCCGUAGCCACACCUUGAUUGAGGUCAUAACUGAUGAAGAUCAAUUCAGGGCAGAAAGCAAGAAACUAGCAGCUCACCUUGCUGAUCCUGAAGUGGAGGGGAUCUAUGAGACAAAAGUCCCAUUGGAGUUCAAUGCUGUUGUUCAGAUUGGCUGUGUUUGUAAGGUGGAUAAAGCAUCUAAAAAACGGAGUGCCCAAGAUGACUGGAGUCUCUCUGAACUGGAGAUGAAGACCACGACCGAGUGCCCAUAUUUGGAGCAAUCAAUCUCUUUCUUCUACUUGUAUCAUAGUGUGUCAGAGGGAAGAGCUGUAUAUGUUGGUUAUUUUCCUGCAUCCAAGAUGAUUUCUGUUGUGGUUGUUAACCCUUUUCAAAACAAGGAAUUAACAUCACAUGUACUUGAAAGACAAUUCCGUGAGGCUUGCCAAACAUUGUCUAGUCAUCCUAUGAUGGAAAAGGAUGGUAUCGGUUUCAAGGUUGAAUAUGUUGGGCAUAUCAAGGAUGCUGAAAGGAACAUGCAGAGAUUGAUUAAUGAUUACAGAAAUCAGCAUCAUGGACCCGUAGUCACUAUAAUUGAAUGUCCCAAUGUAGAGCUUUUCAAGUCUGGUAUACGAGCUUUGGAUGAUUUCCCUUGUUUGUCUAUUCCUUGCAAUGCUCGCGAUAGUCAAUAUCAGGCUCUUGGUUGGCAAAUUGUUGCUGCAAAAAUUGGAAUGCAACGAUGUGCAGCAUCGACUCAGUGGUUGAAUGAGAGAAUUGCCCUCUCAAGAUAUGCUCAUAUUCCACUAGGAAAUUUUGAAGUUGACUGGCUAAUCCAUACAGCAGACGUCUUCUUUUCUAGAGCUCUCCGUGAUCAACAACAGAUCCUUUGGAUAUCUGAUUACGGCAUCCCCGAUUUGGGAGGCACACUUGAGGAAGCAUCAUCUUUCAUGGAUGAGGUCAAUCAGCCAGUUCUUAUUUACCCCGGUGCAUACAGAAAAGUAGCUAUUGAGCUUAAGCUUCAUCACCUGGCUGUCAAUGCUCUUCUGAAAAGCAAUCAAGUGAAUGAAAUGGAAGGAGGAACUUUAUUUGGCUUUGAGCACGAUUUGAAUCCAGAUACAAAUGUUGCUGACGAGCAUUACUACUUGGACGAGACUACCUCUUGUGCACCAGCAUUUCGUGUCCUCAAACAAUUGAUCCAAAGGUGUCUUGCAGACGCAGUUACGUCCGGAAACAUGUUUGCAGAUGCAAUAUUGCAACAUAUGUACCGAUGGCUCUGCAGCCCCCAGUCUAAACUGCAUGACUCAGCAUUACACAACAUGCUUUACAAGGUUAUGCAAAAAGUGUUUGCAAUGCUUGUGGCUGAAAUCCGUAAGUUAGGUGCUACAAUCAUAUUUGCUAGCUUCUCAAAGAUUAUAGUCAACACUGGAAAGUCGGAUCUAUCUGCAGCCAAAGCUUAUUGUGAUAGUGUUAUCAAAACUCUGCAGACAAGAGACUUAUUUGAGUGGAUUGAGCUUGAACCUUUGCAGUUCUGGCAUUCCUUACUUUUUAUGGAUCAGUACAACUAUGGUGGAAUUCAAGCAAAGUUUAAUGAUGAUUCAUUAGAUGCUGAUUCAGAACUAAGUUCAGGAAACAUUAAUGGAGAUUCUCAAGUAGACAUUAUAUCAAGCUGGAACAUCGCAGAAAAUUUGCCGAAGGAAAUACAGGAUCACUUCAUUUUGAUUGUUUCUGAAUUUAUGUAUAUUCCAUGGAAGCAUGCACAAGACCAAGCUGCUCAACAAGCAUCCACAAAGAAUGGAGAUUCAUGCACCCCAUCAAUCACAGCUGCCCUUGCAGAAAUUCUUGAUUUGCAGAUGGCAGAAGAUUUAAAGAAGAAGAUCCAAACUCACUUCACAGACAAACUUCUCAAAAUUGUCUGUGAUCCUAGUCUUCAGUUGAAGAGGGCUGGCAAAUCCCAAUGUGAUGGAGAGAGUUUGAAUGCAAGCUCACAACUUUUGAACAAUAAUACCCGGCAGGGAGAUCUGGCACUAGAGUUCAUUAAGCAUGUCUCCGCUGUUUUGGCACUUGACCAGAAUGUUCAGCAUGAGGUUCUGGUCAUGAGGAGAAAUCUAUUGAGACUGGUACGCGUGAAGGAAUUUGCUCCAGAGGCCGAGUUUCGAAAACCGUCUCCUUCCUUUACCCUCCCAAAUGUCAUCUGCAGUUACUGCAAUGACUGCUUUGAUUAUGAUCAAAAUGUACAGAUGGAUGAUUUUUCUGAAAAUCGUGAGUGGAUGUAUAAGAGAUUCUUACAAAGCUUGGACGAGGGAGAAGAUUCUACCUUUGUCUCGUACACCCACACCCACACCAAAAAUCAUGACAAAAAAACGUGGAUCACCGAAAAAGCAGCGACAGUGGCAGAGAACUAUAAUAGUUUGAAAGAACAAGCUAUUCAGGAGGGGAUUGAUGUUGCGCCAGGAGAACUAUUUUAUGUGGCAGCUGAUGGACAUGAUGCAAAAAAUCGUGUUUUCGGUACAGGUUCAGCUGCGCGUAAAAUUCCAAAGAAUACUCUGAGACAGAGCAGACGAGCCAGCACGAGCGGUAUCUCCGACAUGGAGAACAAUGAAGUUCUUAAUUUGCGUAAGGAAUUGCUAGAAUUCAAAGCAAUGGUUGAAGCAAGGGAUAAAACGAUAUUGGAGGAACUAAAAAUGCUCCGCGGUCGUCAUGGUGAUGGUCGAUUUGAUAAUGAAGAUGGUGGUGGUACAGGUGGUACGACGGGCUGUGUUUGAACAUUGUACUUCCCUUAUUUAUUAUUGUUAAGUACCUUAUAUUUGAGGCAUAAUACAUUUUGUGGAUUGGA